CGGGGGGCGGAGUUUGUGUCACAGCCGGAGCCGAGCGGCAGCAGUUGGAGGCGGAGGUGGCGGCGGCGCCAUGGAUCAGUUCCCGGUGCAGGCCGCUCUGCCCGGGAUACAGAGUUUCAAGGCAGAUCCUGAAGAAUUAUUCACAAAACUGGAAAAGAUUGGAAAAGGCUCUUUUGGUGAAGUGUUUAAAGGAAUAGACAAUCGGACUCAGAAAGUUGUGGCCAUAAAAAAUAUUGACCUUGAAGAAGCUGAAGAUGAAAUUGAAGAUAUUCAGCAGGAAAUAACAGUGCUGAGUCAGUGCGACAGUCCAUAUGUUACAAAAUACUAUGGCUCCUAUCUCAAGGAUACAAAAUUAUGGAUUAUAAUGGAAUAUCUAGGUGGAGGCUCUGCCUUGGAUCUGUUAGAACCUGGCUUACUGGAUGAAAACCAGAUUGCUACAAUAUUAAGAGAAAUUUUAAAAGGCCUUGAAUAUUUGCACUCAGAAAAGAAGAUCCACAGAGAUAUCAAAGCUGCCAAUGUCUUGCUGUCUGAGCAAGGAGAAGUUAAACUAGCAGAUUUUGGUGUUGCUGGACAACUGACGGAUACCCAAAUAAAAAGAAAUACAUUUGUAGGCACACCGUUUUGGAUGGCUCCAGAAGUUAUAAAGCAGUCUGCAUAUGAUUCGAAGGCAGAUAUCUGGUCUUUAGGAAUCACUGCGAUAGAGCUGGCAAAAGGAGAGCCGCCACAUUCCGAGCUGCAUCCGAUGAAAGUUUUGUUUCUCAUUCCAAAGAACAACCCACCAACGUUGGAGGGGAGCUACAGUAAACCCCUCAAAGAAUUUGUAGAAGCCUGCUUGAAUAAAGAGCCAAGUUUUAGACCUACAGCAAGGGAACUGCUGAAGCAUAAAUUCAUCCUGCGGAAUUCCAAGAAGACAUCUUAUUUGACAGAACUAAUUGAUAGGUACAAAAGGUGGAAGGCUGAACAGAACCAUGAGGAUUCCAGCUCAGAUGGGUCUGAUUCGGACACUGAGGCACAAGCAUCAGGAGGGAAUGAUAUUGGUGGCUGGAUCUUCAACACAAUCCGAGAGAAAGAUCCUCGAAAGCUGCUGAAUGGAGCUGCACAGCCUGAAGAACUUCUGGAAAGUAAUCAGGAACAGGAUUCUCCAAAGCAAUCCCUAUCUGAGUGUUUACCCACAAUUAUUUCUCCAUUAUUUUCUGAGCUUAAAGAGAAGAGUCAAGCCGGAGGAGGUAAUACUGAAGCGGUGGAGCAAUUAAGAGAGGCCAUAUUCUUGGCAGAAGAAGCUUGUCCAGGGAUUUCAGACACGCUUGUGUCCCAACUCAUACAGAGACUUCAAAGGUAUUCAUUAAGUGGGGCAGGAACCUCUUCCAACUGAGGGUUGGCAUCGUUUGGUGUCUUAUGUUGAAGAGGUCCUUAUAAGACCAUUAUGCCACAGCAUUGCAAAAGUUUUCUUGUUACUGGAUACUCCUCAACAUGCAAGUCAAAGAUGAAGUCUCUCAGAUGAGCCGUCAUUUUGAGCUACUUAAAGCGAUUGUUUUAUUUCUAUCAGUGCACAUAUUCAAUUGAGGAGGAAAGGCCUACUGUUUGUCUUUAUUUUUAAAUCCCAUAUUGUAUAUUUAGGACUGGGAUAUGGAAACGGAAACUUCUGCAGAACCUCAGGUAUCCUGCUUUAAGUGGAUGGCUUUUCUGGGAGACGGAGAGGGUAUUGUUGGUUCUGUGUAUAUUUGUAUAUAGAGUCAUUUUUACUGAAAUUGAAAAUCUUGAGAGUGCAUCGGGGAUAACUGUGUACAAAAUGCGUCAAUAUGGCUGAGUGCUUAUGUAGAUAAUGUUUGUGAGUAAAUCUGUGGAAAGGCUAUAACUAAAUAUUGCCUUUUUUAUUACCUGUAAAGUUUGGUUAAUGUACAGGUUUACUUUUAAUUAUUUCCAGGGUCUUGCCACUUUUGGAUAAUCAAAGCCCAACUUAGAAACCCUCAGAUCUCAAAGUCCUUGAUAGUAUCCUCUUCCCUCAUUCUAUCCUGUGUUUGCAAGCUUAGUCCACAUUUUUAAGUAGUUUCUUUGAAAUCUGACAUCUUGGCUUAACAUUUUGGCUAACAUAAGACUGAACAUUGGUGGUGUAGCUAAGUUCAUACUGUGCUGGAAACAUUCAAAUUCAUAAACUUUCAAGGUUUCUAUGACUCGCAGCUGGAUUUUGAAUGAGAAUUAAAGCGAAAUUAGAAAUAAUUUUAAGAUUAUUUUUAUUUUGAGUGAAUGGCAUGCCCUGACUGUGUGUCCUUUUCUUCUGCUAUUUGCACCUGUCGCAUAAGGAGCUGCUGCGCCAGCAAAGAGAACUCUACAAAAGUCUUCUAUGUCAAUUCCAGGCAUGUUGACUCUCAUUUUGAUUUAUUUUCUGCAUCAGAAAUUGUUAACUUCUCAUUUUUUAACCAUGUUUUGCUGCCAAUGAUAACUUCUUGCUUUAAGUACUCGUUGAGAUCCAGAAAAUUGUUCCUUGUUACUGGUGAUAACACUUAGUUUACAGCCAGCAAAUUCUGUCACUAUAAAGAAAACUAAAGCCAAUGGUACACAAACUCUAUAAUUUCUUUAAGGAGGGAUAGAACAGCAUCCAACUUAGCCUACGAUCUCCAGGCUUGUUGGUUAUCCUUGAGAAUUGUCAGGGCAACACAAUGGUUUUAAAUGUGAAGCAGAUCAAGAAAGUACUAAGUAAGUCCUUAUGGUGCAAUGUGUUGUGGGGUUGCCUUCAGUGCUAUAAUAAUUUACUCUGGGGUCCCCAGGAUGUUGGUGUUUUGUAGAUAUAAAUUGGGAAGGAAGGUUGCAUUACCUGUCAUUGGGUUCCGUUUAGUGGUCAAAUGUGAACUUGUUGCCUCAAUGUACUGGUCUGAGAGCUAUCUUUUAGGAAGCACAGCCUGUGAUAUAACACUUACCUUCAGAUUUUGAAACAUUGGGAUCGAUCUUGGAAGAAACAUUUCAACAAAUGAUAGAUUUACUUGUUACACUCCCAAGUAGUUGAGAAUCUACUAUAAUUAAGAAGUGACUUCUUUUCCUGCCAUUUUUGAUAAGAGGAAUAAGAGUGUUCAGUCCUCAACUGGACUUUCAGAAAAACACAAAAUUGUUUAUGAGAAGUGCAGAUUGCCACCCACCCUUAUAAAGCCAUGUAUCCUUCAGAAUUGCUGGAAGCAUUGAAUAAGAAUAUGCCUACAUAAUCCAGCAUUAAGUGCCACUUUAAAGUGCAAUAUGCUGUCCUUCAGUUUCUGCUCCAUUAUGAGAAUCUUUUAUUCAUUAAUAUUUCAUCCAGUCCUGAUACUGUACAAUCACAUAUGCCAUGAAGGUAGCCUCUUAGACAGAAGAUGCAGACAUUUGCCUGAACACUGCCUCCCAGUGAGCCAAGAGCCUUCCCAAUAAUAGCAAUCAUAUUCUAAAUUACUUAACUCUGCUGUUUUAUUUUGAAAACUAGAUAACCCUUAAUACUCCUUAUCUUGUAUAAGGGAAAUGGGACCAGGUACAUCUCACUCUGGAGAAAAAAUGGUACAAAAAAAAACAGCCCUGUUUAUUUACUCUCAUGGUUGUUUCACAGCUCAUAAUUCUAGUGUACAAACACAGUAACAAUUGUUUGCUGAAUAGUGUUUACCUUUAGUUGACUUUUGUAAGCGCAGCUUUUAUAUAACUGUGAACAACUAAACUGUCCCUUUAAACUAUAGAUUUAAAUACUUCAUAAAUUUAAAAUGUAAUUGAGUCUAAUAUCGAACCUCUUUGGAUCCUGAAGGUUUAUCACUGGUUUUGUUUCAAAGCUAGAAACAGUGACAAAAUUAUUUUUCUAACAGAAAACUUAUAAGAAAAAGUUCAAGAGCCAGUGCACCAUUAUUGGGUUUCCAUUAUUUAUUUAUUUUUGGUCAGCCGGACGUCUGACACAUGUGGAAAC